AAUUGAUAUUUUAAUUCUUUUGGCUAAAGAGAAGUAUAUAUUUUCCCAAACAUUUAAAACUUUUGGUUUUUGUUGUACAAACAGAGGUUUCACCCGCGGUGAAGACUCGCGAAAACUUUAAUCUUCGGCGGGAUUUGGCAACCCUGUUCUUUACAUAACAAGAAGAAGAAGAUUCUCCACACACCGGGAAAUAUCACGGAUUAAUUGCAUUUUUAAAGAAAAUAAUGGUCAGCACACAGAACAAAGACGCCUGCAGCAUAUGCGACAAGGUGGGCCUGAAGCCCUUCACCCGAGAGAACGUUUUCAACUACUACAUACCCCUCCACGGCCUGGUGAGCUAUGGUGCCUUGUCGGUCAAUGUGAUGAACCCGCAGAUCGUGCCCAAAUUCCUGCCAAAGAAGGAUCUGACCAACGUCUUUCUGAUCUCCGCCGUGGUGGGCAGUGCUUUUUACAUCUAUGGACGUCCCCACCUCAAGGACGUGAAGAACAACAAACGUGGAGCGUACGCACUUCUGGGAGCCACCCUCUUCAGCAUGGGAUCCGUUUUGGCCUGGGCUCUGAUCAAGUCCGCCUUGCCGAAGGACAACGCCCUGCUCGCCACCUUGGCCGGGCUGGGAACAGGGGCUGUCAUCGUGAAAGUGGGCACCGAUUAUAUUAAUGAAGUGGACAAGCUGCAGAAGAACUAAGUGGGAACUGUGGAACUGAUUAUUGACCUAUACUGGGUUCGUACGGAUUAGAAAAACGUUUAUAAAACACUCGUAUAAAUAAAAAUUAACGAUACUGUAAGUCAGGAACUCAA